GAGGCACGGCGUUCAACGCGGUGGCGGAGGAGCUGCACGAGUGGACCACCGCUGUGGCGCAUGUGCUGCCCGUCUCCGAUGAUGGCGGCAGCACCGCAGAGAUCGUGCGCGUCAUAGGUGGGCCUGCCAUCGGUGACAUUCGCUCGCGCUGCCUGCGCCUGUCUGACGGGUCUACCCACGAGGCCAGAGCGGUGCGGCGACUGCUGGGACACCGCCUGCCACUGCACCCCGCGCAAGCCAAGGCAGAACGGACCUUCUCCCUCGUCCUCAUGUGCCCAUCCCCGUCCGCUCUCCGUGCGUUCUGCCUUGGCCCUCCAUGCCAGAUUCUCCGCAAUGCAGGCCAUCGCUUCUGCUUCCAGCAUGGAAGUGUGGGCAACUUCUUCUUCUCGGGCGCGCGCGCCUUCUUCCGCUCGCUGGACGCCGCCAUCUUCCUCUUCUCGCGCGUCUCCAACAUCCCACACCGCAGCCUCGUGCUGCCACCAACGACCGCUUCACUCUCGGCGCCGAGCUCUACGUAA